AUAACUGCUGAAAUUUUUGUGUAAUUGAAGGUCAUCUUUACUGGAGGCCGCACUCAACCUGGCACCAUAAAGCCUGAUGAAGGAGAUAGACAUUCUUAUUCUGUUAUAGAUUGUGAGGCGACACGGGAAGCUAUAUUGCCUUCUGUUCUUUAUAUACAAAAAAUCUUACGGCGCCGACCUUUUCUAAUUAAAAACUUAGAAAAUGUUAUGCGAAGAUUUUUACAGUGUUUGGAACUAUUUGAGGAGAAUGAAAGGAAGAAGCUUGCAAUUUUCACUGCCCUUACAUUUUCUCAAAAGCUAUCAGGUCUUCCUCCUGAGACUGUCUUCCAGCCUUUGCUUAAGGAUAAUCUUGUUGCCAAGGGACUAGUUCUUUCAUUCAUUACUGACUUCUUUAAGGAGUAUCUGAAGGACAGUAACAUAGAUGAUCUUAUAGCACUUUUGAAGAAGGGAAAGAUGGAGGAUAAUAUACUUGAAUUCUUCCCAACUGCAAAACGCAAUGCUGAAGGUUUCUCUGAGCAUUUUACGAAAGAAGGACUGUCUUCUCUUGUUGAAUACAAUCAAAAAAAAAUUUUUGAUGUCAAGCUAAAGGAGAUGAAGUCAGCAUUGAAAACACAAAUUGAAGAGGAGACUGAUAUUUCUGAAGUUAUAGAGGCCAUGAAGCUGCAAGUUAGGGAUUCUAAUAUGCCUGAUAUUGAGGUUGUCCGCUUGCUGUGGGAUGUACUAAUGGAUGCAGUUCAGUGGUCUGGAAAGAACCAGCAACAGAAUGCUAAUGCGGCACUACGUCAGGUUAAAACGUGGGCUGAACUUUUAAAUGCUUUUUGUACAAGUGGGAAGUUGGAACUUGAACUUAUUUACAAAGUUCAGGUCCAAUGUUAUGAGGAUGCCAAACUGAUGAAGAUAUUCCCAGAAAUUAUUAGAUCCCUUUAUGAUCAAGAUGUAUUGGCUGAGGAUACAAUUCUUCUUUGGUUUCGCAAAGGUUCAAACCCAAAGGGAAGGCAAACUUUUGUGAAAUCUCUUGAGCCAUUUGUUAAAUGGCUUGAAGAAGCUGAAGAAGAAGAAUAAACCAGUGAGCUAGCCGCUGGAAGCUGUAGAAGACUUGUAUUAUUAGAGAGGAGUAUUGCAGUAUUACAUGGAUCUUUAUUUGAAAUUGUAUUUACAGUCGAACAUGAUCGCCUAUGUCAAUUUAAGUAUUUCUAAUUUUUAGUGACAUGUUUGUUUACAUAUUUUAACUUAGAUAUUCAUUUAAUAAACUCGCUGUUUGGAUUAUUAUUAGUGCGACAGUUCAUUCCCUUA